AUGCGGUCAGGGCUGGAAAAACCAGGUGCAAUUCCGUUUUUGGCGCUUGUUGUCUUUUCGCUGCUUAGCUUGGUGCCGUCGUUAUCAUGGGAUUGGGGGUCUAGUUGGAAGAAUGGGUGGUAUAUUGGGAGUGAGGUCCGACCAAUUGGUGCAGAUUUUUCGCGAAUCGUCAAGGAUGGUUCUGUUGACACUCGUUUGAGAGUCCGGGCAACAAGCGGUCAGUGUUGGCCGUGGUUAUGUGGUGAUUCUCUGCCUCGUUCGCGUCCUGCUGCGGUCCCGAGCUCAUUUGAGACUGCGUCUGCUUUACCAAAUGAUCCUCCCUAUCCGUGGGAAAAUUUUUCGACCCUUACUCGAAGUGUUCGCGCUUUCACAGCCUUCAUUCAGCAGUUGGAUGACCGUCAGCUGCUACAGUCUUUUUCUACUCGGAGCCUACCUUUGGUCGAGACAGCGUUGUCGCACCCUCCCUCGAAUCUUUCCGACACUUCUUCCUUACAGUUACCUUUAUUGCGUGACGAAUCUUUUGAAAAAAUGGUAUAUGACAAUAAUUAUACGACCUCAACGACCAACAAAACCGAUACCAAUCCCAAACUAGAGUUUUGCGAGUAUUUCAGCGGUGUUUGGCAGCAGGCCUGUCUCACCGUCCACGAUACAGUGAAGGCAUUUUCUACUUCCUACGACGCUAUAGACUCAGCACAUCUACCUAAUUCUUCAAUACAGCCGCCCGUUUCACGUCCUUCGGAUACUCACCAACUAAAGCUACCACUGCAACACAACGUGUCUGGACCUACCGUAGCACCCAAAACAAUACCGUCCGCAAAUGCAGCUACAAUCCUCUCCGGCGACUCGCAGGAUGCAGGGAGCGGUCGAAACCCCAAACAAGUCCGCGGCAGCUGCAUGGCUAUCGUGAUCGGCUUGGUAGUGGGAAUCAUGUGGUUUUGA